GAGAGAGAGAGAGAGGGAGAGAGAGAGGAGAGAGAGAGGCUGUGGAUGCGCGGAUAUUGUUAUGUGGCAGCCUGUUACAGAAAAUGAUCAAUCCCAGAGAGAAGAGGGUGACUUGAUCCAGUCUCAUUCUGAUCGGCUCCAGGGGAUGAGAUGAGAAGCCCACUGCUGUCCAGAUGACUUUACAUCCACCUCCUUACAUUAUAAAUUAACCGGCACACAGUGAAUCUCGGUGUAUUUGACAUCACAUCCACAGUCUGAGAGUGACUGAGGCGCAGGACGUUUCCAUCUCCAAAAAAAAAAAAAAAAAAAAAAAUCCUGUCGAAAUAACCGGAUCUGCUCUUCUCAUGAAUGAGUCUCCUCUUAUUUCAAGAAUGAUGUGAAGAUCACUGCAGAAGGACCAGAUUGCUCUCAGCUCCGCUCAUCUUUCUCUCUGCUAUCCUGCUUUUUGUUGACACACUAUCCCACCUGUUUUGUCUCAGAGAGCUAUUUUUUCGAGCCCCGUGGGGAUGGGAACGUGCUUGGAUAAAGGAUGGACUUAUUUCGGUGUCACUAAAGGUCAUGGUCCACUAAAAGUCAUGUCAUGGCCCCUGGCACUGUGGCUAUUGACUCUAAUCUCUGUGCAUCAAAAGACGACUAUGGGACAGACUCUGAACACCUUCCAAUCAGAGAGGAAGGAGUGGUCGCUGAACCACCUAACUGUGCAUCAGUCCACUGGGGCUCUGUACGUCGGCGCCAUCAACAGAAUCUACAAGUUGUCGACAAACCUCACCCUGCUCGUGUCCCAUGACACAGGGCCGGAGUAUGACAAUAAAGCCUGUUAUCCUCCGCUGAUCGUCCAGCCGUGCUCGGAGCCCUUAGCAUCAACUGACAACGUCAACAAACUGUUGCUCAUCGACUACUCACACAACCGGCUGCUUGCAUGUGGCAGCCUCUAUCAAGGCGUUUGUAAAUUGAUGAGGUUAGAUGACUUGUUCAUCCUUGUGGAGCCCACACAUAAGAAAGAACACUAUCUGUCCAGUGACAACCAGACAGGGACCAUGUUUGGUGUAGUUGUGCCCUCACAAGGUCAAGAUGCUACCUUAUACAUCGGCACAGCGGUUGGCGGCAAGCAGGACUACUUCCCAACCAUCUCCAGCCGCAAGCUACCUCGUGACCCAGAAUCCUCUGCUAUGUUGGACUACGAACUUCACACCGAUUUUGUGUCAUCUCUCAUUAAAAUCCCCUCAGACACACUCGCACUCGUCCCACACUUUGAUAUCUACUACAUCUACGGCUUCGCUAGCGGCAGCUUUGUCUACUUCAUGACCGUCCAGCCUGAGACGCCUGAGAAUGGGAUGCCGGCUGGUGGCUCCCCCGGCGAUCUGUUUUACACCUCUCGCAUCAUUCGCCUCUGCAAAGGUGACAAAAAGUUCCACUCCUAUGUGUCACUUCCUGUGGGGUGCGUUCACAGAGGUGAGGAGUACCGUCUGCUGCAGGCCGCAUACCUGUCAAAGGCCGGCAGAAUUCUGGCCAGGUCUCUAAACAUCAGCGCCCAGGAGGAUGUGUUGUUCGCAGUGUUCUCCAAGGGGCAGAAGCAGUACAACGACCCCCCAGACCACUCUGCCCUGUGUGUUUUCACCAUCCAAGACAUCAACACACGCAUCAAGGAGCGGCUACAGUCCUGCUACCAGGGGGAGGGGAAUCUGGAACUGCACUGGCUGCUGGGAAAAGAUGUGCAGUGCACCAAAGCGCCUGUUCCCAUCGAUGAUCACUUCUGUGGCCUGGAUAUAAAUCAACCCCUGGGGGGCUCCCAGCUGGUGUCGGGUCGGACUGUGUUCACCGAGAGCAGGGACAGACUGACCUCUGUCACCUCUUAUGUCUACAAUGGACACAAUGUGGUCUUCAUGGGCACCAAGACCGGGCGGCUAAAGAAGAUCAGGGUGGACGGUCCUUUGGAGGAGGGAGUUCUGUACGAGACAGUGACUGUGAUGAAGGAUGCCCGCCCCAUCCUCCGGGACAUGGCCUUCUCACUGGACAAGAACUCUCUCUAUGUCAUGUCUGACAAUCAGGUGGCUCAGGUUCCUGUGGAGGCCUGUGAACAAUAUGGCACAUGUGCUGAGUGUUUAAGCUCUGGGGAUCCGCACUGUGGCUGGUGCGUCCUGUUUAACAUGUGCUCGAGAAAGGAUCGGUGUCCCAGGGCAGAUGAGAGCUUCCGUUUCGCCACUGACAUUGACCGCUGUGUGAAGGUUAUCUCUCACCCGGACAGCAUUGCUGUAUCAGCACAUAGUGUCCCACUCCUGCUGGAGGUGAAUAACGUCCCUGACCUCUCUGCUGGAAUCACCUGUUCAUUUGGCCAGCAGGCCCAAGUGGAGGGUCAUGUCAAAGGGAACAGGGUGAUGUGUCUGUCUCCAGCAGGGAAGGAGGCCCCUCAGAUACCAGAGGGACAAGACUGGGCCGGGGUAGAGCUUCGUCUGAACUCAAAGGAGACCGGUCAAAUGGUUGCUAGCACGGAAGUGAAGUUCUACAACUGCAGCACACAUCGAACGUGUCUGUCGUGUGUAAACAGCACUUUUCGGUGCCACUGGUGUAAAUACCGCAACCUGUGCACCCAUGACCCCAGCAGCUGUUCUUUUCAGGAAGGCAGAGUCAAUGCCUCCGAGGACUGCCCUCAACUUCUUAACUCCAGGGAGAUUCUCAUUCCGGCCGGUGAGGUCCGUCCCAUUACUCUGAGAGCCCGAAACCUUCCGCAGCCGCAGUCGGGUCAGCGAGGCUACGAGUGCGUGGUGCACGUGCAGGGUGUCAGCCACCGUGUCACAGCGCUGCGCUUCAACAGCACCAGUGUGCAGUGCCAGAACAGCUCGUACAUGUACGAGGGUGUGAAGAUCAGUGACCUGGCAGUGGACCUCUCUAUCGUAUGGAACGGCAAUUUCAUCAUCGACAAUCCUGAGAAGAUUAAAGUGCACCUCUACAAGUGCAGCGCUCAGCGGGACAGCUGUGGCAUGUGUCUGCGGGCUGAAAGGAAGUUUCAGUGUGGCUGGUGUAGUGGUGAAGGCAGAUGCACCAUGAAGCAGCACUGUCCUCCCAUCUCCCCCUACGCGAGCCGGUGGCUGGACCUCUCUGCCAGGAAUGUCAAGUGUACCAACCCACGCAUUACUGAGGUGAGCCCCGUGGCAGGACCUCUGGAGGGCGGAACAUUGGUCACUAUCCAGGGCCUGAACCUGGGUCUGUCCUUCUCAGAGCUGGAAGGCAACGUGGAUGUGGCUGGGGUACCGUGCACCCCCCAAGAGGAGGGAUACAUCACUGCAGAACAGAUUGUUUGUGAGAUGGCAGCCGCUCCCAAAGGAAGUGCACCGGGUCCAGUAAUGCUGUGUGUCGGUGAAUGCAGACCAGAACUGCGUGCACAGUCCUCCCAGCUCUACUCCUUUGUGACCCCUUCAAUGCUGGCGUUGACUCCAGGCAGAGGACCAGAAUCCGGGGGCACUAAGGUCACCAUUGUGGGAGAGAAUCUGGGGGCUGGCAGCACAGUUAAUGUGUACUUUGGUAAUCAGACCUGUGAGUUGUACAGGAGGACCAUGUCAGAGAUUGUGUGCUUCUCUGCUCCAUCUGUGCUGGGAGCAGGACUGGUGCAGGUUAGUUUGAGUGUCGACCGAGCCAAUGUUCCUGGAAGUCUGGCCUUUGAAUACAUCGAAGACCCAACAGUCCAGCGCAUUGAACCUCUAUGGAGCAUCACAAGUGGUCACACCACCCUGACUGUAACUGGAACAAACCUGGAUGUGGUUCAAGAGCCGCGGGUCAGAGUCAAAUAUGCGGGCCAUGAAUCUGUCAAUGUGUGUAAAGUGCUGAAUACGACAACCAUCAGCUGCUUCGCUCCCUCUCUGAAGGCCGAGUACACCACAGACCAGGAGACCAUCAAACACGUGGACGAGUUUGGCUUUGUCUUCAAUAAUGUCCAAGCCCUGCUCACCUACAAUAACACAAGCUUUGUGUACUACCCCAACCCUUACCUGGCCCUCAGCCUGUCAGGGGUCCUGGAACAGAAACCGGGUGCUCCCAUCAUACUCAAAGGCCGUAACCUGGUACCAUCUGCAUCUGGCGGAGCGCGGCUGAAUUACACAGUGUUGAUCGGAGAUACCCCAUGUUCUCUUACCGUCUCUGACACACAGUUACUCUGUGAACCACCAAACCUCACCGGACAGCACAAAAUACUGGUUCAAGUAGGAGGACUCCACAUCUCUCCUGGAGAAGUUCACAUCCGCUCAGACAGCCUACUCACCCUCCCUGCCAUCUUCAGCAUCACAGCCGGAGGAGGGCUCCUUCUCAUCAUCGUCAUCAUCGUCCUUCUUGCCUACAGACGAAAGUCACAUGAGAAUGAUCUCACUCUGAAGCGGUUGCAGAUGCAGAUGGACAAUCUGGAGUCUCGGGUGGCUCUGGAGUGCAAAGAAGCUUUCGCAGAACUACAGACCGACAUCAAUGAGCUAACGAGCGAUCUGGACAGGGCUGGCAUCCCGUACCUGGACUAUCGCACUUACGCCAUGAGAGUACUCUUCCCUGGUAUCGAUGAUCACCCUGUGCUCAGAGAACUGGAGGUGCCAGGCAGUGGACAGGCCAAUGUGGAGAAAGCCUUGAAGCAGUUUGCCCAGCUGGUGAAUAACAAGGUUUUCCUGCUGACAUUCAUCCGUACGCUGGAGGCUCAGCGCUCUUUCUCCAUGCGUGACCGUGGCUACGUCGCCCACUUAUCAUGGACCGCUCUGCAGGGACGACUGGAGUAUGCUACAGACAUACUCAAACAUCUGCUCUCUGACCUAAUAGAACGCAACCUUAGAGGCAAGAACCACCCUAAACUACUCCUGCGCAGAACGGAAUCGGUCGCAGAGAAGAUGCUGACAAAUUGGUUUGCCUUCUUGCUCCACAAAUUUCUCAAGGAGUGUGCUGGCGAACCACUCUUCAUGCUAUACUGUGCCAUCAAACAACAAAUGGAAAAGGGACCCAUAGACUCCAUCACUGGAGAGGCGCGAUAUUCCCUCAGUGAGGACAAACUCAUCCGACAGCAGAUCGAAUACAAAACGCUGACACUGAGCUGUGUGAACCCAGACAACGAGAACAGCCCAGAAAUCCCUGUCAAGGUGCUCAACUGUGACACCAUCACCCAGGUAAAAGAGAAGAUCCUGGAUGCGGUGUACAAGAACAUGCCCUACUCAAGCGGGCCACGAGCUACAGAUAUGGAUCUAGAGUGGCGGCAGGGCAGGACGGCGCGUGUGGUCCUUCAGGAUGAGGACAUCACCACAAAGAUAGAGAGUGACUGGAAGAGACUGAACACGCUCAUGCAUUACCAGGUGUCUGAGCGCUGUGUGGUGGCCUUAGUGCCCAAACAGAUGUCUUCUUUCAACAUCCCGUCCUCGGCCAGCUUCCCUCGCAGUAUCAGCAGAUACGGGGUAGAUGUGCCCUUCCGGUCCACCCCCACCAGCCCGGACAGCCCCCACUCCCGUGUGCCCAUGCUGACCCCCGACUUGGAGAGCGGGGUCAAAGUUUGGCACUUGGUAAAGAACCAUGACCACGGAGACCAGAAAGAGGGGGAACGUGGCAGCAAGAUGGUGUCUGAGAUCUACCUGACAAGACUACUGGCAACAAAGGGCACACUUCAGAAGUUUGUGGACGACCUGUUUGAGACUCUGUUCAGCACUGUGUGUCGAGGCACCGCCCUGCCACUCGCAAUCAAAUACAUGUUUGAUUUUUUGGAUGAGCAGGCAGACAGACACGGCAUCCAUGACAUGGAUGUUCGUCACACCUGGAAGAGUAACUGCCUGCCACUGCGAUUCUGGGUCAACGUGAUCAAGAAUCCCCAGUUUGUGUUUGACAUCCAUAAAAGCAGCAUCACGGACGCCUGUCUAUCUGUUGUGGCCCAAACCUUCAUGGACUCUUGUUCAACUUCUGAACAUCGUCUGGGCAAAGAUUCCCCAUCCACCAAACUCCUCUAUGCCAAGGACAUACCGCAUUACAAGAGCUGGGUAGAAAGGUAUUACGCUGACAUCAACCGCCUGCCUGCCAUCAGUGAUCAGGAUAUGAAUGCCUAUCUGGCUGAACAGGCCCGCCUUCACUCCAGUGAGUUCAAUGUGCUCAGUGCCCUCCAUGAGAUCUUCGCUUACGUCAGCAAGUACAGCCAAGAGAUCACUGAGGCACUGGAGCAGGAUGAACAGGCCCAGAAGCAGAAGUUGGCGUACAAAGUGGAGCAGAUCAUCUCAGCCAUGUCUACAGAGAGCUGAGACACACAAACACAUGAUAUGCACACACUCACACACAUUGGAAGGCAGACUAUCAACACACACAUACACACACACACACAUAUUAUAAUGCUGUAUGCAGAGACUUUAUGGGCCUACUGUAUAAAUGGACAAUGCAUACACAACGAGACACAAACACAAAUGUACAUACAAACCACAACACGCAUCAAACAGAAAAAGAAUCCCAAAGCACGACUUUUGAAUCCAAUGUCAUCGUCUUUUCAGAGGAAACUCCAACGGGCAAAUAUCCAACUCCUAAAAUGCUCAUAUAUGGAGAGAGGAGAAAAAGAGGAUUUGGGCCAUCACGGCUGCUGCAUUUGCCGCCAAUUCUUUUUCCGCUGGGUAAUGGUUUGUCUUUGUAGUCAGUGCUUUUACUAAAUGCGUGUGUGUGGCAUGGCUGGAUCUCUGAAGAGAACGGCACUUAAUAAAGAAUGACUAAACUUGAAAAGUCAGUGGAGAAGCUCAAACAAAGACAGGAGCCUAUUAAAUGGGACGGCACAUGUGGCGUGAAGAGACUCAAAGUACUUUUUAUAUGUCAAAGACGAAGGACAUUUACUCACACAACAUAUCACAAGCUUGGAAUGACAUUGCCAUUGGGAGCCAUUUGGAGAAGAAAUGUGUAACUUUGCGUCGUCGAGCCUUUUCAUGUUGCCUAAAGGCCUAAAGCAGACAAUAAAGAAGAUGUUUUGUUUAGAAAAGACUUUACGAAGUAUAACACUGCUAGAGAUUUGAACAGUCUACAGAAAAUUUGUCAUCUAAGGUGCAGGCCCGAUGCUUUAAUAAUCCAAGACUGAGAAUGCAUUACUUUCAGAUUUGAUAUAUACUGUAUGUAGAGAUAUUUCCAGACCCAAUCCCUGGCUUUUGUGCCAAAUAUAAUAUGUCUCAUGUUUCAUUUAUGUUAAAUGCGCUUGCAGAAGCUAUUAAUAAUCCAUGCCAUUGUACAGAAAGAUCCCAUUUGCGAUAGGUAAUUUUUUACAGUGAUGAUCUAUAGACCACUAAUUCAGCCAUUCAAAGAUAAGUGGAGGCAAAAUUGAAGUGUAGCAGAAAGCAUGAUUAAUGGGCGCUAUAAGCUAGAUCGUGGGUCAGAUUAGCCAACCUCAGCCACCAGCGCCCCCCCCCCCCCCCCGUCUCAUCAGUCAUUGUUUACAUUGAGCGUGAUACUUGAAAUGCACCGUGUGUACGAGAUAUUUAGAACACCUGCUUCUGUGGCGAUUUAAUCUGGUCAGAUUGAGUUAGAUGAAGGCUUUGAUGCCUCAUUGAUUUUUUUCCAAUAAAUCCACUCUGAACACAACCUGAUAAUUAAACGUGUCAAAAAACAAAACAAAAGAGGAAGAGGAAUUCCAAAUGAUGGGAUUUUUUUUUUUUGUUUGUUUUAUCUUGAAGAGACUGUAAAGUAAGGUGUUUCUAAUGUUUCUCCACAGUGUGACUUUAUAAUUUAGGAUAAUUUUUUUUGGAUCAGCAGUUGAUCCUUGUAAAGUCAGUUUCUUGUUUUUUUGCAUUUGCAUUCUAGCGCUAUCUUUGAUUUCGUCCAGGCUGUUUAAGUCUUAGUAGAACUGACAUGUUAAUUUGGCGUUCAAAUGUACAUUUUACCAGACUGCUUGUUGUCUCCUUGCUGCUGUAUUUAUUGAGUGCCAUAUCUAAACUUAAAAAUGAUUUUGAAAAGAUUUGCGUCGAUUCAGGGUUUUAGUUCUGAUUGUAUGUUUCUCCCAUUGCGCUGAUGAACAACGAGUUUCAUAAUGUGCUCGGAGCUAUUUCCUACUCACUGCAGUUGUCUAAUGGUGUCAUUCUGGAGAGCUGCUUUUUUUUUUUUUUUUUUUUUUUAACCAUGUCUGUAUAAGUGGAGUUAAUGUACUCCAAAAAGGACCUGAUUCAUAUUAAACGUAUUUAAAAAAAAAGAAGAUAAAAUAAGAAAUAAUGAAUACAUUUCCUGUUAAGUGUUGAAAUAUGACAGAGUUCAUCUGUUUCAUGUGUGGUUUGAUGAUAAUUUAUAACUGUGUUGUGCAAUAAACUGUCAAACGUUUCAACUGUAAUGUUUUUUAAACUAUAUAUUAUUGUAUAAAUAUUGUACAUACAAAACACUCCUAUUUUGCAAGGAAAAGAGUCACUUUGUACUGUUGUUAUACAUAAAAUGCGCAACUGAUGAAAAUGA